AGAGAGAGAGACGUGCCUGCAGUCACAGGGUUUAUUUAACACGUAGCCACCAACCCACCCAGCUCUCACACACAUCGCGCGGGGCGUGGAGCUUCCCUCCGCAUACUAACGAGCCCCGACCUCAGGGUGACAGCACUCUAAACUGAGACCAGCUUCAGCAGGAUCACACAGGAGGAGGCGUGCUACUGCUUUUUCUCUUUUGUUAUUCUUGACUUUGUUUUUGUUUUAAGGCGCGAGCGCUUUUCAGGUUUUGCUUUUUCGCUCGUCAAUAAAGCGACAUGGAGCGGAUUACAAGUGCGCAACCACCUCCUUAUGUUCCGAAACACGCACCAAUGGACAUACCUGACAUGCGCCGACUAGAGUAUCCUAUUUAUAUGUGCAAAAGCAGGAGGGGUGUGAAGGGCAGAGAUGAAUGCAAGGAGACUUACAAGUUGCCACACAGACUGAUCGAAAAGAAGAGACGGGACAGAAUAAAUGAAUGCAUUGCCCAGUUGAAGGACCUGUUGCCAGAACAUCUUAAGCUUACAACGCUGGGUCACCUGGAGAAAGCCGUGGUGCUGGAACUCACACUGAAGCAUGUGAAAACUCUGAGCGCCGUGCUGGAGCAACAGCAGCAGAAAAUAAUGGCGCUCCAGAAAGACCUGCAGAUCGGUGAUAACGUGGGAGACGGUGCCGAGACCAGCGAGGAGAUGUUCCGCUCUGGCUUUCACCUCUGUGCCAGAGAAGUCCUCCAUUACCUGGCGAGUCAAGAGACCACCAGGGAUCUGACCCCCUCACACGUCAUCAGUCACAUCCAGAAGGUGGCGGCUGAAGUUCUCCACAACGGAAGCAGCCCUCAACCCGACAGGUCCUCCGCCCGAGAGUCUGAUGAGGCAAAGAGGCCAGUCGGGGAGCCGUCGGCGUCGCCCGAGGCCCCGGCUAGGAACUGCGUCCCGGUCAUCCAACGGACUUUCCACCACGGGACGGGGGAGCAGAGUGGCAGCGAUACGGACACUGACAGCGGCUACGGGGGAGAACACGACAAGCCUAAAGCCCAGUGGUCGGAAAACGAGAGGGAGGGCGAGACAAAGCCUCCCGCGUCGGAGCGGAUGGUCGGUGUCGUCAAGCAGGAGGGCGACCAGCCCCGGGCAAAGAGGUUAAGAGUGGACUCGGAGGAUGAGAUGCUCUCCUUUCACCCAGCGGGAGCUCCGGGCAGUUAUGUAAACGUCUCCCCCAACCAGCCCCCUUUUUGCCUCCCCUUCUACCUCAUCCCCCCAUCGACGGCGGCAGCUGCAGCAUACCUCCCGAUGCUGGAAAAAUGCUGGUACCCCGGCGGCAUGCCCAUCAUGUACCCGGGCCUGCCCUCGGAGCCGUUGCCCUCGUCUUUGUUGAUGUCUCCGAGGGCGGGGUCUCCGGUGGCCCACCGCAUCCCAAUGGAUUCCCCCACUCUCCACAAAGCUUUAAGGCAGGUCUCUCCUUUGAACUUGGAAGCCAAAGACUGAGCAGAUGGUUCACCUAUCAGCUUUGCCCCACUGAAUGUUGAACCAUAGGGUACAGUGUUGACCCUCCUUGGAAACUCGGCCCCUCAGAGCAGAACCCUUUAAGGUCAACAUUGUCAGACAUUGACCCUCGGACUAUUUUUGAGGCUCAUAUUAAAGACUCUGUACAACCCCUUCAACACUGUGAAGACGGCCAUCUUAAAGAGCGCACAAGAGAUUUCAAAGGUUUAUACUUUUUUUUUGACUCCAGAAAUGAUGAAUGUCAGAGGAAACCCCAGAAUGUACGCCAUAUUCCUCCUUUUAUUUCUUGUCCCAAAUCAAUUUGGACCUGUGUUGUUAUUCACCACCCCUGUAAUGAAUGUAAGGAUGUAUAAAGAAGAAAAUAAUAAUAAAAUCUCCUGUGAAUGCUGCUGUAGAUCGGCAAAUGUCAGGUUCUACCCUCAGUGUUUGCCACCCCCAGGGACAGCAACAAGCCAUUUUAACAAAAAAAAAAAAGAAAAACACCCAGCAUGUCUGGGUCCUGACCUCCCAGAUCCAACUUCUCUCACGUCUGUUUGUGCCGCCACUGAAAACGAAUGCAGGAAUUCAUGAAGUACAGAGAAUUCAGGGUGUUGACCCGCCGUAGCCUGUACCAGGUGCAUCACCUAAUCUGUGACUCACGGCUAUUUUUAUUUGAUUACUUUUUUUCUUUCUUUUUUUUUUUUUUUAUCGCAUCCAGAUGGAGCUCCUGUGAAGUAACGUUUUGGUUUUGCUUUUCUCUUUGUACAUCUCUAUUUUUGAUACAAGACCCGCAGAGUGGGGUUUUUUUUGUGUGUGUGUGUGUGUGCGCGCGUGCGGGUGUGUGUAGCUGUCGCAGGAAGGAUGAGGCAGCAAGUUUGUAGACGUGCAUCUGAAGCUCCUGUUCCCGCCUUCUUCACUCGUUUAACCCAAACACCACGAUGACUGGAGUUGCAAACAAAUUCGAUGCUUGUCUUUAGCGAGAGAGCUUGAAUGUAAAGUUCCCAAAAACAUCUAGUUUUGUAUAGAAAGAGGUACUUUAAUUGGUUUUAUUUUGACAUUGUAACAAAAGGCUGUACAUAUUUUGUAUAUAAAGUAUUAUUGAUAUAUAUAUAUAUAUAUAUAUUAAAGUAAUAAUAAAGCUUUUGGUCCUUCUGCGGA